GGGCCGAGCUCACAGCCUCAUCACCGCGAGGUGCGGCUUUGCCUUCAGCAGUAGUACCGGUGUCUUCUGAGACUGCUGCCCCGGAUUCGUGCUUUCUUCUUUCGUCCCCCUCCCCAAAGGAGUACCCUCCCCUUCGCCCCACACCUUGGAUUUUUAAAUUUGGAGUCAGAAAAUGCAAGAAUGGAAGUGUCAGUGCCUGGUGCCGGCCCCGGAGGAGCUUAGCCAACACGGGCUGAAUCUAACUGGAACGGCUGCCGGUUCUUUCCCGCAUAUAUCCUGGGGCCUCUGCACUGACCCGCCGUCUGGGUCAGUCCUCCCAGGCUCACGCAAGCAAAGCAGCCUUGAUGACAGAGCGUGAACGUCUUACCUGAGGACUAAAGACUGACCGGUUUGAAAAUGGAAAACCAAGAGCCAGGAGAUCCUUCUCGAAAUACCAAACAGUCUAUUAUUUCAGAGGAGUUAAUUUCAGAAGGAAAAUGGGUCAAGCUUGAAAAAACGACGUACAUGGAUCCUACUGGUAAAAUAAGAACGUGGGAAACAGUGAAACGUACGACCAGGAAGGGGCAGUCGGCCGAUGGUGUGGCGGUCAUCCCAGUGCUGCAGCGGACGCUGCAUUAUGAGUGCAUCGUUCUGGUGAAGCAGUUCCGACCGCCCAUGGGAGGCUACUGCCUGGAAUUCCCCGCAGGUCUCAUUGAUGAAAACGAGAGCCCGGAAGCAGCAGCUCUUCGGGAACUCGAGGAAGAAACUGGCUACAAAGGUGACGUUGCAGAGUGCUCUCCAGCUGUAUGUAUGGAUCCCGGCUUGACAAGCUGUACCACACACAUUGUGACCGUAACUAUCAACGGAGAUGAUGCUGAAAACGUGAGGCCUAAGCCAAAGCCAGGAGACGGAGGUAUGUUACCCAGCUCGCCGCAGCUGACGUGUCUGGCCUGGCGCGGUGGAGAUGGCCACAGGCAUGUCGUGGUGUUCUGCUUUGGUAGCCGAAGAGCAUCUGACAGUGGACGCCAGGGUCUACUCCUAUGCCCUGGCACUGAAACACGCAAACACGAAGCCCUUUGAAGUGCCUUUCCUGAAGUUUUAAGGCCAAAGGACAGUAGCCAUGUUUUUACAAACAAGACCACACACCUGGCCUCCCUCACUCAGACUUUGUAUUCAGCUCAGCUUAAUGUAGAUUUGAAACUAGCCUUUUUCAUUAAAUAAAAGCAACACAGAAUACA